GUCUCACACAUACCCCACACACAGACACGCAUUUACUCCAUUUGCUUCAUCUUUCUCUCUUCCCCCCCAUAACCAUAAGCCAUAACCAAUGGCCACCAUAUCCCCCAAGUUAGCCACCGGCAUUCUCCACCGUAAACCACCCUCCCUCAUCCCAACUACCCUUUCUUCAACAACCAACUCCAUUUCAUACAGUUAUAGUAGAAGUAGCAAGAAUGUUAAGGUGAUCACAUGCAAGGCUACUGAUCAGGUUUCGGUGGCUGAGGGAUCAUCAGCGUCAGGUGGAGGAGAUGGAAAGUUCAACUGGGUGCCAGUGGUUCCUUUGUCAGCAUUGCCAAAAGGAGAGAGACGUGUUAUAAUACAAGAAGCGGAAACUAUACUCUUGCUUUGGUAUAAAGAUGCUAUUUUUGCUAUUGAAAAUCGUUCACCUGCUGAAGGUGCUUAUAGUGAAGGACUUCUUAAUGCUAAGCUCACUCAGGAUGGAUGUAUCGUGUGUCCUACAACAGAUAGCACAUUUUAUCUGCAAAAUGGAGCCAUCAAAGAAUGGUACCCGAAUAACCCUGUGCUGAGAGUCCUUACUCCCGCCUUGAGAAGUUUGUUUGUUUAUCCUGUUAAAACCGACGAUGAGAAUAUCUACAUCAGUAUGAGAGGUGGAAAAGCUGAUGCAUCUGCCGAGAUUGUUUUCAGUGGGAAGGCUCAGCCUGGUGUAACAGCAAGUGACGUCAAUGUAGAUGAGGUAAGAAUGGUUGUCGACGAGGGUCAAGAGGCCUUUGGGUUCACUGGAAGGAAUGAACUGAUAAAUGGAAAAGCAGCAGUAAUUGGUUUCCUGUUGCUGUUGGAUUUUGAACUCUUGACGGGUAAAGGUCUUCUCAAAGGAACAGGCUUCUUGGACUUCAUUUACUCAGUUUCAGAUGCUUUCAAAUGAAACCAUUUCACUAGAGGAAAUUUUUCCUACUAAGUAUACAUAAAUUCUUAUUCCCCUUUCUCUUUUUUUUCCCCCUUUCCUGUUUCCCUGACAAAUUUGCUUUUGUUUACAAUAAACCAAAACAGAGAAUGUUGAUCUUUGUAUAUGUUGUCCAAUUUUAUAGAUUAGUGAAUUAUAGACCUUUGAACAAGAUACUCAUUGUUCUAGGUGAUCAAUGCAGAGAACCUUCUUUUUCUUUUGCA